GUGACUUAUAUUUUUACCUUAACCGGAAAUUUAAACCGGGAAUUGGAACAACACAAAUUUAGGGCUCCACCCUCCCUCAAUCGACAUCGGAAUUCUCAGCCGGCACAAAUGGCGGCGAUCAGGACAACGACGAACACGAUCCUGCGCGAGCUCCUCCAUCACCCUCAGUUCCUGUCCUUUCCAUCCACAUCAAGCCGAACGCUGUUGCCUUGUCUCCGUCGGACACAAUGGAAGUCUCCGGUUCCUCAUGGUUUCCGGUUCGGAUCCAUCCGAUGUGCGGCGGCGAGCUCCGGAAGCGGAGGAGAUCGGAAGGUCUCUUCACGGUUGUCGCAGGUGCAACAGAUGAUGCAAGAGGCCGAGGAGAGAGCUAGCUCCGCCGGCAACGAGCCCACUCCGCGAAUCACUUUAGAUCAUGUCACGGUUAACUUUGCUAGGAGCGGUGGUCCGGGAGGGCAAAAUGUGAACAAAGUGAACACCAAAGUAGAUAUGCGCUUCAAUGUGAAAAACGCAUACUGGCUAAGUGACAGGAUCAGGGAGAGAAUCAUGCAAAUGGAGAAGAAUCGAAUUAACAAGGACGGAGAGCUAGUCAUAUCUUCAACCAGAACUAGAACACAGAAGGGCAACAUCGAUGACGCGCUUGCUAAAUUACAGGAGAUCAUUGAUGCGGCUGCAUAUGUUCCUCCGCCUCCAUCCGAAGAACAGAAGAAGAAGAUCGUAAAGAUCUUUAUGAUGUGCAGGGCAGCCAUUGCUGAACAAAAACGGCUUAAAGGCAAAAAGGCUCAUUCAGACAAGAAGGCAGCCCGAAGAAGCAGAGAUAGCUGGGAUUAACUUUACCAUAAACAUCAUUCAAGAUUCCGUCGUGGAAGCUUUCUUGUGAUUGAGACACUCUCACAGAAGAUUGCAAUGAACACAUUAUCAGCGUUUCAAGACAAAGUUCCAAACUUUUGGGAAUUUCUUGUAACACAAUCAAACUCUUGUUUAUGCAAUUUCUUCAUCUAUUGGAUUUUUAUGUACA